UUCUAGUGCUUUACCCAUAUUCUCUUUGGAUCUGCAUUGCUUUUUGCAGAAAAUGUCUCAUAAUUUAGGGGAUGGUGCAAAGCGCGCUAUCGUUUCCUUCUUCGCCGUCUAUUUACUCGCUGUUGUUAGUGCCGAAGAUCCUUACAGGUUCUUCACCUGGAACGUUACUUAUGGCGACAUUUAUCCUCUAGGUGUUCGCCAACAGGGGAUACUCAUCAACGGCCAAUUUCCUGGUCCGGAUAUCUACUCCGUCACAAAUGACAAUCUCAUCAUAAACGUCUACAACAGCCUUCCUGAGCCCUUCCUCAUCUCUUGGAACGGAGUUUUGCAGAGGAGGAAUUCAUGGCAAGACGGUGUCUACGGAACCAACUGUCCCAUCCCUCCGGGAAAGAACUUCACAUACGUGUUGCAGGUGAAGGACCAGAUUGGCAGCUUCUUCUACUACCCCCCUCUCGCCUUCCACAAGGCUGCCGGUGGCUUUGGUGGUAUUCGAAUCCUCAGCCGUCCCCUAAUUCCGGUACCCUUCCCUACUCCCGCCGGCGAUUACACCGUCCUCAUUGGUGAUUGGUUCAAGGCUAACCACACGAUCCUGAAGACCAUCCUGGAUAAUGGUCAUAGGAUACCCUUUCCUGAUGGAAUCCUCAUCAAUGGUCGUGGACCCAAUGGUGUAUCUUUCACGGUGGAGCAAGGAAAAACGUACAGGUUCAGGAUUUCAAACGUGGGGUUGGAAAGUUCACUCAACUUCCGGAUCCAGGGCCACAAUUUGAAGCUGGUUGAAGUCGAGGGAACACACACUCUGCAGACCACCUUCUCCUCCCUGGACGUCCAUGUCGGACAGUCCUACUCUGUUCUUGUGACAGCUGAUCAGCCUGCUCAAGACUACUACAUUGCUGUCUCUACGCGUUUCACCACUAAGAUCCUCACUGGCACUGCCAUUCUCCGGUACAGCAAUUCUGCUGGUCCUGUGAAGGGCCCACCCCCAGGUGGACCUACCACCCAAAUCGACUGGUCCCUCAACCAAGCUCGCUCUAUCAGGACUAAUCUCACAGCAAGUGGGCCAAGGCCAAACCCUCAAGGCUCAUACCACUAUGGCCUAAUCAACACUACACGAACCAUCAUUCUUGCCAACUCCGCAGGUACUGUCAAUGGGAAACAGAAAUAUGCAGUCAACAGUGUGUCCUUUAUCCCUGCUGACACUCCCCUAAAGCUUGCUGAUCACUUCAAGAUUGGAGGCGUAUUUCGCCUUGGUAGCAUCUCCGAUAAACCAUACGGCGGUGGAAUGUACCAAGAUACAUCGGUUAUGGCUGCUGAUUUCCGAGCAUACAUUGAAAUUGUGUUCCAGAACAAGGAGAACAUCGUCCAAAGCUGGCACCUUGAUGGUUACUCUUUCUUCGUUGUUGGAAUGGAUGGAGGGCAGUGGACACCAGCUAGUAGGCUGCAGUACAAUCUCAGGGAUGCAAUUGCACGCUGCACCAUCCAGGUUUAUCCCAGUUCAUGGACUGCUAUUUAUGUUGCACUUGAUAAUGUGGGAAUGUGGAACUUGAGGUCCGAGUUCUGGGCACGACAGUACCUUGGGCAACAAUUUUAUCUGCGUGUCUACUCACCUGUAGAGUCUAUUAGGGACGAGUACCCUAUCCCAAGGAAUGCACUUCUCUGCGGCAGGGCCAGUGGACGACGCACACGACCACUCUGAUGUCUAACAUAUAUUUAAUUCAUUACCAUCUAAG